AUGUCCAUAAGCAUAUUUGGUCCACAUCAAAUGGCGCUUGAUAUCUGGUCAUUUUUCAUCCUGUCCAAAAUGUCCAUGGAGGCAUUUGGUCCACACCGAAAGGUCCUUGAUAUUUGGUCCUGUCAAAAACUUUAUGCUGUGACAAAGAAGUUAUUACAGUCCAGAGAACGUACAUAUAUACAUAAAGAAAACGUCUUUCAGCUGGAAAACCACAGUCUAACAGUGCUGAAUGAGUUCAUUCUCAUGGGAAUCACAGACUGCCCUGAGCUGCAGGCUCCAUUAUUUGGACUCUUCUUUAUCAUCUACCUGAUCUCACUGGUGGGCAACUUGGGCAUGGUCAUCCUCACCAAGAUGGACUAGCUACAAACACCCAUGUACUUCUUCCUCAGACACCUGGCUUUUACUGAUCUUGGUUAUUCAACAACCGUGGGACCCAAAAUCUUAGCAAAUUUUGUUGUGGAUAAAAAUACAAUCUCCUAUUAUUUUUAUGCUACCCAACUAGCUUUCUUUCUUGUGUUCAUUAUUAGUGAAGUUUUCAUUCUGUCAACAAUGUCCUGUGACCGCUAUGUGGCUGUCUGUAACCCUCUCCUCUACACAGUCAUUAUGUCACCAAGGCUAUGUCACGUGCUGGUGGCAAUCCCCUAUCUCUACAGCACAUUUGUUUCUUUUCUAGUCACUAUAAAGAUUUUUAAUGUAUCCUUUUGCAGCUACAAUAUCAUUAGACAUUUCUACUGUGACAGUCUCCCUUUGUUAUCUUUGCUCUGCUCAAAUACGCGUGAUAUUGAAUUGAUUAUUCUGAUCUUAGCAGGUUUCAAUUUGACUUUUUGCCUUCCAAUACUUCUUGUGUCUUACCUGCUCAUCCUUAUAGCCAUUCUCAGGAUGAACUCUGCUGAAGGUAGGUACAAGACUGUUUCUACCUGUGGAUCCCAUCUGACAGUGGCCACCGUGUUCUAUGUGACUUUGAUAUUUAUGCAUGUGCAGCCGAAGUCCAAUCAUUCCUUUGACACUGAUAAAAUGGCUUCUAUAUUUUACACGCUGGUUAUCCCCAUGUUGAAUCCCUUGAUCUAUAGCUUGAGGAACAAAGAUGUAAAAUACGCAGUACAACGAAUGUGGAAAAAACUAUGCAAUCUUUUUUCUUAA